AUGGCUCUCAAAGUUCUCAUUUGUGGCGGAGGUGUCGCAGGUCCGGCCUUGGCCUACUGGCUCGCCCGAAUUGGUCACCAAGUUGUUAUCGUCGAACGUUUCCCAAACCUGAGAGCUACAGGUGCCCAGAUCGACCUCCGUGGACAAGGUAUUGAGGCCGUCAAACGCACGGGUCUCAUCGACGCUGUUCGCAGAAAGCUUGUUGACGAAGCAGGCGUCUCCUUCAUUGAUGCUAAGGGCAAUGUCAAGGCGACAAUUCUCGCCAACAAGUCUGGAAAGGGUGGACAAUCCUUUACAUCCGAGUAUGAGAUCAUGCGAGGAGACCUUGUACGCAUAUUCUACGAAGCAACAAAAGACAAAGUGGAAUAUAUCUUCGGUAAAACGGUGGAUGGCUUCACGGAAAAUGACCGAGAGGUAGUCGCCUACUUUUCCGACGGCUCUUCUGACACAUUUGAUCUACUUGUUGGCGCAGAUGGACAGGGCUCGCACAUUCGACGAAAGAUUCUACCCUCUGGUGCUCCAGAUGAAUAUCGCCAACUCGGAGUACACAUGGCCUACUGGUUUGUCCCACGGAUUGAAACCGACAGUAAUAUGUGCCAGUCAUACCUCAGCCCGGGCGGCCGAAUGAUCAUGUCCAGAAGCCAUAAUAAAACGGAAACACAGGUCUACUUCAUGCUUAGAUCUGACUCCGAGGAACUACGGAAUAUCCCAAGGGGUUCAGUUGGGCAGCAGAAGCAUUUCUGGGGCCAAAAGUUUCGCGACGCAGGGUGGCAGGCCGAUCGCUUUAUCAAAGGGAUGGACACUACAGAGAACUGGUUCUGUCAGAAUGUCGCCCAGAUCAGGACGGAUACCUGGCACUCUGGCCGCGUCGUCCUUCUCGGUGAUGCGGCACACUGCCCUUCUCCUUUAAGUGGUAUGGGGACAAGUAACAGUUUAGCCGGGGCAUAUGUCCUGGCUGGAGAACUCGCUCGGAGUGAAGAUCUGUCCCAAGCGUUCCAAAACUACUCCCAGACAAUGCGACCAUUUAUCGACCGGGUUCAGCGGUUCAACAUUGGAUGGAUCCGAUGGGCGGUCCCCAACUCGCAGUGGCAAAUUUCGCUUCUUCAUCUCAUUCUCAUAUCACGGUUUUCAGAUCAUGGCGACGGAGACUGGAAACCCCCUGAGUACCCGGAACUCAAGCUUUUGAGUUAA